UCAACUUUUCAAUUUCGAUUUUACUGCUCUGAAAAUUUCGAAUUGCAUCAAUUCUUAAGGUUUCAUCAAUUAUUGAAAAUUUUUGAAUUUCAUGAAUACAACGAAAAACUUGAUAGUGAUUCUAAUGAUCUCAGAUUAAACUUAUCAUCAAAAAUUAAGAAAUAAUAUUUCGAUUUUAGUAAUUGAGAAUUUUCGAUUGUUCAGAUAAUUUUCGAUUCUAUUGCAUUGAGUUGCAUGUUAUUUUCUGAAAUUCUGUCUGUUUGGUAAAGGAAAUUUGGAAUCUUAUGUUUCUAGGAUUCCUUAUUUUUAAUUUUUUCUUUUGGGUUUAAAUUUGAUGAAGAAUAAGUUAACAUCUUCUUGUAUUUUCUGCUAUUUUACCAGUUAUUUCUGGAAAAAAAAAGUGGGCGGCUAGCUUAAAUUUCUUCCUUCUUCAACCCUUUAUUUUUAUUUUAUUUUUCAUUUUAUUUUUUUCCCUCUUUUCUGAGCAUUUAUUCUCUUCAAAUUUUGAAUAGUAUUAAUUUAAUCAUCCUUCUCUCUCUUACUUUGGGAGUUGAGAUUGCUAGUAGUUUACUAAACAAUGGAUGAGUUUGUUACAUGUUCUUGGUUUUGGAUUAAAAUUAGGACAUGUACUCUUACUGCUAUGUUGUUGGCUUAUCUCUGUGAUCCCCAUGAAUUGGCUGAUUAAUGGUGGUGUAAUGGACGGCAAGCCUAGUUUGCUUGGCGGCGGCAGUGGUGGUGGCGAUGGUAAAGUGGUGGGUGAUUGGUGGCCGAAAAUCGCGUCGAAUAGCCAUAUGAUCCACCAUUACUAUUACCACUAUAUAGGGUCAAUGAAGUUGAGGAAAUCAUGGUGGAAGAAGCUUUUGGUUGCUUGGGUUGUAUUUUGGAUCAUAUUUUGUUUCGGGGUGCUUUGGUUUAUGAGUUCAUACGCUGUUGAAAAAAGGAAAGAAAGCCUUACUAGUAUGUGUGAUAAAAGGGCUAGGAUGUUGCAAGAUCAAUUUAAUGUUAGUUUGAAUCAUAUUCAAGCUAUGUCCAUAUUAAUUUCCACUUUUCAUCAUGGCAAGUAUCCAUCUGCUAUUGAUCAGAGAACUUUUGCAAGAUACACCGAAAGAAUUGCUUUCGAACGGCCUUUAACAAGUGGGGUGGCAUAUGCUGUGAAAGUGCUCCAUUCAGAAAGAGAACAAUUUGAGAAGCAGCAUGGUUGGACUAUUAAGAGGAUGGAUACUGUUGAACAAGAACCUGUUCAUAAGGAGGUUUUGCAUGCCUGCAGUGUGGUUUCAAGAUGUUCACCAGGGCUGCUGCACAGAAGCUUUUCAGAAAUGUUCGAUUAAAAAGGUAAUUAUACGCUUUCUAUCCUUUGUUUGGAUAUAGCAACUUAAUUAGAAUGUAUUCAUUGUAUUGCAGUGACAGUUGAAGUUUAUAUGCAAUAUGCUGUAUUAGUGAUUUAAAACAUAUGAUAAA